AUGUCAAGGUCCAAAACUGUCUCAAUGCCUUUAGCAAUCCACUUCACAUUAAGCAAGACUCAAUGCUCUAAUACUGAUGCUGAGUUAAUUAGAAUGGAGACCAUACCCUAUGCUAAUGUGAUUGGAUCCUUGAUGUAUGCUAUGAUAAGCACUAGGCUUGACCUAUCAUUUGUGAUAUCAUUGCUGAGUAGAUUCAUGUCCAAUCCUGGUAUGGAACAUUGGACAGCCCUAAAGUGGGUACUCAAAUAUGUUAGUGGAUCUUUAAAUAUGGGACUGGAAUACUGUAAAAGAUCUGCCUCACUUGAGCUGGAUGGUUUUGUAGACUCUGAUUUUGCAGGUGACAGGGACACUAGGAAGUCAACCACUGCAUAUUACUUUACCUUGGGGGGCAACUGCAUCAGCUGGAAGUCCCAAUUACAGCCUAUAGUUGCACUAUCAACAACCGAGGCUGAAUAUGUGGCUGUAGCUAAUGUAUUUAAAGAGGCAAUGUGGCUCAAAGGGAUCCUGAGUGAAGCAAACCUGUCUGAACUGAAGCCAACCAUUUUUUCAGACAAUCAAAGUGCAAUACGUCUGAGUAAGAAUCCAGUGUACCAUGAGCGAACCAAACACAUGGAUGUUCGCUAUCACUUUGUGAGAGAUCUGAUCACUAGGGAGGAGAUAGCACUCAAUAAGGUUCCUACUGAGCACAAUCCAGCAAACAUGGGUACUAAGAUUGUUACAAUUGCUAAGUUCAAGCAUUGCUUGAACCUACUGUCCAUUCAGUAA